CAUUUCCUUUAUCAGAGACGGGUCCAAGGUGUAAACAAGUGUCCUGCCGAUAGAAGUUCAGUCUGUCCUUUCCGUGUCGAUAUUGGAAGUUCCCAAGGUGAGAACCAGUGUUAAUCUGCCCUAGCUGUUACGAUGGCAGAAGGCAGCCCUUCUCCGGAACUGGACGUACACUUACUGGAGUGUCCAAUAUGUCUGGAGCGACUGCGACAACCCAAGUCCUUACCCUGUCGCCACUGCUUCUGUCAGGAAUGCCUGGGGACCUACAUCACCAAGGAACUGUCUGGAAAAAUGGCGUCGGCAACAUCAUUCCCCUGUCCCGUCUGUAGGAGAAUGACCCAGACCGUCAAUCAAACGGAAGCUAAGGACAAAUGGGCAGAACAGUUCCCGACUAAUGCUGUGAUCCAGGACCUAAUCAAGCUUAAGGAACAUUCGUCUGAACCACUGUACUGCAAGCCAUGCCAGACAAGAGGUAACCUGACCAAUCUAGCGAAAUUCUGGUGUAAAAUAAUGAACUUGAAUUUGUGCGAAACAUGUAAGGUGCAUUAUCAUGAUGUCUUGCAUAAUGAAUGUGAUAUCUUAGAUAUAACUGGGUACGAUAGCAGGAAGACAAAACAGGAAAAAAUAGUCCCUAAAUGUGACCAACACGACGAGAAAUUGAUUUGGUACUGUGAAGACCACAAACGUCUUGGAUGCAACAUAUGUAUGAUCAAAGACCACAGACGUUGUGAUGAGGUGACAACGGUGAUGGAAUAUUUACAGAAGUUAAAAGCCGGUUCACAACUAGAAGAGAUGGAGCUUGCACUGAAGAAAGGAGUACAGGCUAUGACGUCAUUGGUGAAGGAUUUUGACGAGCAGAUCCAAACCAUGGUUCAAAAUCAGGAAAUCGCACUGCAAAGCAUCAAAGAUCUGCGCCAAAGAGUCAAAGAACAGCUGAACAAACUUCAGAAAGACGUCACUGAUAAGUUAAUUACAUUGUUUAAAGAGGAGAAGGGGAACAUGGAGGCUUCGUCACGACAGUGUGAACGUCUGAUGAACAGUAUGGUUAAUACCAUGAAGUCGUCCGUUACAGCCGCAGAAGAAAACGACACUUUAGAGGCGAUAGUGUUGUAUCAGAGAGGACAGGCAGAAGUGGAGUCGUGUAAGGUCCUGGUCAAGAAAAUGAACAAGUCCUUCACGUCCGUCAGAAUUAACCAUCAUAUUGUUCCCAGACUGGUAACCCUUGGCGAUGAGGCGAUGGGGAAGAUCGUAAUCGAGAGACAACGCCGAUGUUUUCCUGGUGAUCUUGAAUACCUGUCCGUACCUUUGUCAGAGCGUCGUGUGAAAGAAAUAGGAAAAUUUAACGUAAAGACCCCGUCAGAUAACAAUGAUUGUGCGAUACGUGGAGUUGUGUACCUUCCAAAUGAACAGAUAGUACUUAGUGAUAACAGAAACAACAAGCUGAAGUUGUUUACGGACAAAGGACAGUACCUAGACGAGUUGACUAUUCAGGGACAUCCCUGGGACCUGUGUCUGGUUAACAACAGUACCGUGGCUGUCGCUGUCUACACUCCUGAUGGUGUCCGUGUCGUGAAAGUAGAGGACUCAAAACUCUCCCUGUCGUCCGAGAUCAACAUGCCUAAUGUUAAACACUGUAUUGGUAUAACACAUACAGACGGGAGGUUUGUCGUGGGUACAGGUAGCGGAGAGUUAUACAGUGUGACACAGGACGGAGCGACUGAGUUGUUACAUAGAUAUAAGAAUGUUUGUUAUUACCUCAAACAAGAUUCAGUAACGGGAGACACACUCAUCAGUAUCUAUAACAACACUACGGGGGACGUUACGGUGUCCAGACUGUCGGCUGACAAACGUCACACGGAUGUGAUGAAGGUCGGUGUCGUGAGUGGUGCUAGUGGAAUAGAUAUGGACAGGGAGGGUAACAUCUACGUGUGUGGAAGUGAAUCACACAACGUCGUACAGAUGUCUGGGGACGGGACACACGUCAGGGAACUACUGACAUCAUCAGAUGAAAUGAAAUAUCCUUGGGCAAUAGCUGUUCGUGAUGACACGUUUGUGGCCACUUCGUGUGAUCCUUGGAAAUCGAAAUAUGCAGACAAUAAUUGUAUCCGUAUCUUUCAACUCUUCUAAACAUCGUAUAGAGGAACACAUUGAUGGGUUGAACACGUGAUGUGUUAAUGAACCAUAUUUGUCACAGAAACAUUGGUUUUUAUCAUAUAGAAAAUGUAACAGUGAAGGAGAUACUUGUUGUUAAAAACUCUGAUUACACAGGACAGAGUGAAAUUACUAAAUCUUAUUCAUUUUCAUUUUAUGUUUAUUUCCAAUUUUGGUAAUGUGCUAAUCAACGAAAUACAGCAAAUGGUAUCACUCUGUGGUUCAGCCCAAAUAGCAUAAUAGUAUAGAGGCGGAUGCUAAAAUAAAUGUCAUAAACGUUAUCAUAUUAACUUGCUGGGCGAGUAGACUAACAAGAUACAGUGACAAUUGCCAUUAAUUCUUGUUUUGAGAUAUGGACACGGUAUUGUUUUGUUAAUAUUUUUCGCCACUUUUAAUGUGAUAAAGGAUCCCCUCUGGCAUUUUUGGAAAUAGAUUUGUGCUCUUGUCGACUUAAUCCAAAUAUGCUUUUCUCUUCUCAUUGUUUUUCUUUCUGUGACUGUUUGUUAUUUUAUUAUUUGAUUAGAUCAGCGAUUUUGUUUUUAUUUGUCUUUUGUUCUUCAAGCAAAUCUUUUGAGUCUGCGAGUUUGCAAUUAAACUUCAGUUAAUUACCGUCUUGCGGAUCUGAUGCCGACACCAGAGUGCUACCUCACUAACGUUUGUGGUCACUUGUUGUGAUUAUACAGAUCAGGAUAAUUAUAUCCGGUACUUUCAACUCUACUAAAUAAAGUACCGAUGUUAACAAUAGUUGGUUGAUCACGUGACGUGUAUAUGAACUAUAAAAAUAACAAAAACGCUUAAAACUAAUAAUUAUUUGAACUAAACAUUUCUUUGCUUUCAUUCCGUUGAAUUUUUUUAUUGU